GCAGCCUCCAUGCGGGAAGGACGCCGAUUGCGGACCAGUCGGAGGGACAGCAACCGCGAAAUGGGACAGCAGCCUCGAAAAGGGGCAGUCGCCAGCGAGCGCCUCUUGAGUCUGCCUGGAUCGUCUGCCUGGAUCGUCUGCGCCCUCCCCCAGCCGAGACUGCAUCUGCAUUCUUAAAAGGCACUUGCUCGGCAAUAUCUCCUCCCACGCCCUGGCACGCACCGCCCCGAUGACGCUCAGAUUGCUGCCAUUCAUCCCUCCUUCGGAGACCCGCAUUCCCGACGAUGCCAAGAUCGAGUCGGCCCGAUACAUCCUGGACGAUCUCGAUGCCGUCCUGGCCCUCCCCUUCGAGGAGAUGUGGGCUGCGCUGGUUUUGCCUGCCCUGACAGAAGCACAAGAAGAGUCGCUGAUGAUCUCUGUGCCCGAGUUUCUCCAGCAUUUUUUGCGGUACCAGGCUCGCAACCACCAGCGGCGCUCUCUCAAAGCAGCGCACCAUGCCGCCUCGGACCAGCAGCAGUGGCUGCGGGACCUGCACGAUCUCGAGCUUCAGAUCACCGAGAAGGUGUUCUGGCUGAUCACCAAGAUCGUGAACCCCCCAGCAGGCUCGGCACAGGUUGAAGGUUGGGCAGCCGAGCUGUUCGAUCGGCACAUCCUGACCACAUCGCUGCUUCUCGAUAUCGCCACGGUCUACUCUCACGACAAUCAAGAUGCCAUCCGGGCCGUCUUUACCAGCGUUCUGGCCAACGAGCCUCGUUUCAUCGCAGAGCUCCGCGAGCUUCAGGAAUUCGUUCUCGAUGAGAUCGACGAUCUGGCAAGAAGAAACUCAAAGUCGUCCGGCAAAGGCAAGGGCAAAGGCAAGGGAUCGGGAGAGACUGGCUCGGCUUCUCGUCCGGCACCGGAAGUGGCUAUCGAUAUCCUCCACUUGAGGGAUGCAUCGCUUGCCCUCGACAACCUCGUUCGAGCCUGUGGGCAUGCCGUCUCCUCGGACCUGACCUCGGACGACUCGACGUUUCUCCGGACCCUACUGAUGGCACAUGAAACUGCGAGCCUGGCUCUCAAGCAGGCUGGCGAUCCGGAAAACGACCAGUCGACCUCGGCUCCGGACUGGUACGAGCUUUUCAUCGAGAAGCAGCUCGAUGCCUCAAUAGUUUCCGAUAACCUCGCCGCGGCAGAUCCAAACUAUAUCGCCGUGGCCCAGAGCCUGAAGCUGGCUCUCUGUCAGCUUGCCGACACCACGCUGAGGGCCAGUUUUAUCGACCCCUUGCUCGAAAGUCCUCCAAAUGGCGUUAGCAAUGCCAGACACCAUGAGGAAGGUCUGUGUGACUUUUUGUUGGAGUUGAUCAAUCAGUCUCACUUUGACGGCCCCGUGCGCUUUCUGUGGGAUGCACCGUUCGGAAUCGAUCUCGAGGUCGAGCACGACAUUGUCGACAGGCUCAAGCGCAUCAAGGCACACUCUGGUGACCAAGAUCACGCUCGACUGGAGUACGCUAUCGCAUCGCUUGAGCAUCUGCUGACCUUUAGUGGAAACUCUGAAGUCAAGUACCAGCGCAUGAACCAGCGAAGCGAAAGACUGACUAUGCGGCUGUUAUCGGAAGAAGCUGCCGCCCGCUCCUCAGGCGACGCUAGCACUAAGCUCUCCCCUGCUCUGGAGCGUCUAUCGGUGAAUGACAUGACCAACGGUGCCACAGAUGAUCUGGAGUACGUCCAGCGAAGCUCGCUCAUUUCGCAGAUACACGAUCUGUUCCCGGAUCUGGGAGAUGGCUUCAUCGAGGCAUGUUUGAUGGCCUACAACAAUGACGUGGAAGUUGUGACGAUGAAGCUGCUGGAAGACGAUCUGCUGCCUCAUGUUGCGGCACUCGACCGCAGUUUGAAGAGAGCGCCGCCAAAGAUCCAGUCCAAUGUUGCGUCCAAUCCGGAGGCCGACGAACCUCUGUCAAAGACAUUGUCGACUCGCAGAAACAUCACCGAUGGCGAUGAGUUUGACAUCUUCAGCCACAAGAAGAUUGAUAUGAGCAGCGUCAUUGUUGGAAAGAAGCAGGACACUGGGGUAGUGCUGAACGACCCCAAGUUUGUGCACGAUCAGAAACAAGCCAUACUCGAUAUGCAGUACGAUGAGUACGAUGAUGAAUACGACGACACGUAUGAUACCGUCGACAUCAAGCUUGCUGGAACUGUUGAGCUUCAUCUUCUCGAUGAGGUUGAGGGUGUGCCUGAGGAGAACCAACGGGCCCCUCCUCCUGCACCCAAGCCUGCAAUCAACCCUGCUGUCGAGGCCCUGGCCAUCCAUGAGGCAGAGUUUGUCGCCCUCGCCACUUCGAAUCCAUCCAUAUUUGACAUCAAGCAGCGAAAGUCACCACUGCGCGCCAAGCUCCGACAGACAACGUCCAUGUCGGACGAGCAGAUCGAAGGAUGGUACAAAAUGUUUCUCCGGAAUCCUCGCAAAGAUGCGAUUCUAUCCAAGUAUGAGUGGAGAGGCAACCGCGCAAACCAGCAGCCAAGCAUCAACAAGACCCAGUCCAGCAGCGAAUCAGAAGAGGACGAAACCGUCGAGUCUCGACCUGCUCUGUCCGGAGAUACUUCCCGCAGCGGAGCAUCCAAUCAAAGAGGAGGACCGCAAAUCGGCGGUGCUGGGCACAGAGGCGGCCGAGGCGGUGGUCAAGGCGGUGGUCGAGGCGGCGGUAACUCUCCGAUGGACCGUGCCCGAAAGGACCGGAACAAGGCCAAGGUCGGCAACCACAAUCGCAAGGAUGGGCACGCCAGGAAACUGGCGCGGGGCUCCAUGGGGAUGCCGGAGUAGAUCAAGCGAGCGCCGGCGAGACUGAUAUAGAAUACAAGGUGUCCAACACAUUGAGAGCUUCCGCGACGCUAUCACUACAGCGAUAUCCAGUAGGAAGGAAGAAUAUAUCUUGGCGUGCGCGGCUCUCACGCUACCGCUCUUGAGUUGGCUCGCGA